AAGGGAUAAGCAUGACUUGGAAAAUGAGUUGACCGAUUCAAAGAAGAACCUCGAAAAAUGUAAAAAGGAGUACAAGGAUAGGGAGAAAAAAGCGAGUGCGAAAGCACGUACGGUCAACAUGGAAUUAGAGGAAACACGGAAGAAAUGUAUGGAUCUAGAAAAUGCCAACGCGCAAUUACGCGAAAUACAAAUGGCAGCAGAAAGGGCAGUAAAAGAUGCAAACGCACAAUUGCAUGAAAUGGGACAGACAUGUCGUUCCCAAAUAAAAAAAUAUCGCAGUGAAGCUCUAAAAUAUCAAGCAGCUUUGGGCAAUAUUUCCUACGCAGAACUCAGCGACGAGGAUCCAAAUAAUUGCACGAGAUACGAAACUGAUAUGAAACGAUUUCGGCACCAUAUCCUGCAAUUGACCAUGCCGACCAAGAUUGAGGCUGCCAACCCAAAGUUUUACCACCUCGAAUGCCAAAAUUUUAUACCUGAUUAUAAAAUUGAAACUAUGCAAUACCUGUUGGUCAGAAUGGCAAUUCACGGAAUCUUGAGAUCAUGGGAUAGUGAGAUGGAAAAAUACCAAAACUUUAUAAUGCAGAUAGCGAAUAGGCAGCGCCCCUGGGAAGCUCCGGGUAACAAAGAACUUGAAUUUCUGGCAUUGGUAGCAUGUACGAACCUGACCAAGAAAUUCAUCGGUCUUUUUCUGAGCUGGGCCGGCGAUAAACGUUCGGAAGAUUUAAUAAUACCCACCAAAGUCUCGCAAUUAAUGUUUCCUUUGCUGUCUAGAUCCUUUCUCAACGACAAAUUUGGAUUAAUUGAAAGGAUUGCAAGCCAGUUUACGUCAUAUAUAGGAAAUUAUAUUUCAAUUGACGAUCGAAAAACGUUUCGAGUCGAAUCCAAAAAAGUCAUAGUCGAGUGCAUAGAUCUGCUACGGAUACGUCCUGCACUGUACUACCCUCAACCAACGUUGAAAUGGUUCGAGCAGGGGUAUGCGCUUGAAAAUGAUGACUAUUUCGAGUAUAUUCGUAAACGAGGAAAAGACAAACAAUUGGUUAACACUUGCCCUUUUCCGUUGGUAUGGUCAGAAAAUCCGCUACGAAUAUAUUCCAAAGCAUCGGCAUCUGUAGUUACAGCCACAGAGUUUGAGGAAAUGCGUAAACGGAGGGAGAAUGAUUUCGGAACGACAUUUUCCGGAUUUGCGCUCAGACAUCUUUUCGAAGAUGAAGGAACUGUGGAAAUUUUUGCUAAUUGGCCCAAGUCAACGAGGGCCACAGUUACAUCUCCAAAAGUGCCAACAGUGCUCCUCUAUGACAAAGAUUUGAAUAAUGAAGCACUAUUUGCAGAACAGUUCAAACUUUAUCUCUCUGAUGACGAAGAUAUAAACAAACCAUUGCUUCCUAAUGGCGUGGAUCACACCAAAGCAAUCAAUGACUAUCUAAGAGAGUUGAAAAAGAUUAUCGGUGAGAGAGUCGCCAAAAAAUGGAGAGGAUCUGUCAAGUUUCCCGAACAAGUGCGUGUCGUCAUGACAGUACCAGUGGAAUGGUCGGAUGAAGCCAUUACUGCAAUGCGUAAUGGCGCCCUAGCAGCGGGCAUCGUUACGCAAGAGUGUUUAGCUAAUUUGGAAUUUAUAAACGAACCCGAGGCGGCUGCACUUUAUUGUUUCGGCAGCUGUGCUGAAUACAAACUCGAGUCGGGAGACGCCUUCAUGACUGUUGACUGCGGUGGAGGCACAGUCGACUUGACAACACGAUAUUUAAUUGAAGAUGGUGCACUCGGCGAAGAGACGGAAAGCACGUGCGAGGCCUGCGGGAGCACGGAUAACUGCGUUGCUUUUCAACAAUUGGCGGAUACAUUCAUUUUACCAAUUAAGACUGACUUCACCGGGGAAGAAGCAGAUUUUCGUCGGGAACGUCGUCUACACCUUGAUUGUCCUAAAUAUACCGUGUUUGUGGAGAAUACGAAUUCCGAGAAAAGGCCAAUACUGGAAAAAGCGGGUUGGAUAAUCAGCAUCAAAUUUCACGACGUGAAGAAAAUGUUUGAUACAGUGGUCGACAAGAUACUACGUUUAAUAAAUGAUCAGCUGAACAACUCCGGACGCAGUUGUUCGGCGUUAUUUUUAGUAGGCGGGUUCAGCGAAUCCGUUUACCUUCAAAAAAAGAUAAAAGAAAAAUUCACCAAGGACGUCAAACAAAUUGUCGUUCCGCGAAAUCCCAUCUGCGCGGUUAUGCGAGGCGCCUUGCAAUACGGUUCCACUCCACUCGAAGGACUCGAUGUCGAAGACGAUCCUGCAAAAGCUAAUUACAAAUGUAAUAAAACCAUAAAGACACGUAAACUGAGGUACACCUACGGUACCGAAAUCUUGAACCCAAUUUUAUUUGCAUGUGGUAUCCCCGGUUUCUCGAGACUAGCCAAACGCGGUGACGAGGUUACCGUAGGGUCAACCUUCAAGGAAAUAUAUUACCCAGUGUCGAGACGGCAAAAGCAAAUGAGCAUGAAUGUGUACUACACGCGAAGAUAUAAUGUCCUAAGUCCAUUUGAAGAGGACGUAUCCUUGCUGCACGAAUGGAAAACCGAAGUACCAAAGGUUGAAGAUGACGAAGACGUUCCCGGAACAGAAAUGUCGUUGAAUUUUGGUCAACGAGAAGUUAACAUCAAAGCCCACCACUUUUUGACUGGGGAAAAGUGUACCACUAGCAAACUACCGAAAAGAGAUUUUGCUAAAACCGAAUUAUAA